AUGUCGAAUAAAAAAAGGGGACCUUUUCUAAAGCAAUGCUUUGUAACUGCAGCAGUUUGCUGCAACAUCAUUGGCCAGGGUGGUGGAUUCGGUUACCCGGCCAUUUUGUUGCCACGACUCACGUCCAAGGAGUCAGAAAUCCCGCUGACUAAACUUCAAGAAUCAUGGGUUGCUGGCAUGUUACCACUGAGUAUGCUGGCUGGCUUCUUCUUAGCCACACCUCUGAUGGAGCGAUUUGGACGCAAAGCGACGCAUCUCAUUCUGACUCUGCCGUCUAUUAUUGGAUGGGUUAUGUUCCUUGCUCCAACAACUGUCACUGAAGUCAUCAUAGGCAGGAUGUUGCAAGGCAUUUCUGGCGGGGUACUGAACACCCUUCGAUCAGUACUCAUCGGGGAAUACACGAGCCCAAAAAAUCGCGGAGCAUUCUUGGCAACCGUUUCUUUUUCACAGGCGUUUGGUAUAUUUUUCGUUCACCUCAUUGGUUCCAUGUUUAGUUGGCAGAAAACUGCUUUGAUCUGCGUCUUCCUCCCGUUCUUAAGCCUUAUAAUGACCAUUUACACGCCAGAAUCUCCCAGCUGGCUUCUAACGAAAGGGCGCAUCGAUGAAUGCAGGGAAGUCUUCAGGUGGCUCCGAGGUGACGAGGAAGACGAAGAACUCGAAGAUAUGAUACAAGCAAGACUGGCUUUUGAGAAGUGCACCGUGGAAGACGGACAGAAUGUCAACAAAUUGAGGAAUAUAGUGCAAACAGUCCAGAAAAAGGAAUUCUACAAACCAAUUAUUCUCAUGAUUCAUGCGAACAUAAUCAUACAGUUCUGUGGUGGUACCACCAUGGCUGCAUUCGCGACUGUAAUUAUAGGGAAACUGAUGGCAGAAGCGGAUAUAGCGUUUUGGAUGGUGUUCUUGGACACACAGCGUUUGGUGGCCAAUUUCCUCGCUGUCUACGUCAUCAACAAAGUGAAGAGACGGACUAUGAUGUUUUCUAUGGGAGGGCUAUGUGUUCUGAGCCACAUUGCCAUAGCUUGUUAUGUUCUCUUAAGGUUAAAAGGAUGGAGUUACAGUUCCCUAUGGCUUCCAGCUCUUCUAAUAAACGUACAGUACUUCACGGUCGCGGUAGCCAUGGUGCCACUUCCAAACAUUAUUUCAGGAGAGGUCUUCCCGUUGGAAUACAGAAGUAUCGCGGGAACGAUAAGCUUAUCUGCUGGGGGGAUUUUUACUUUCAUCGUUCUGAAAACUUUUCCUGAAUUAAUAGAUAGUUUAGGCCUGCACGGUACUUACUUUUUGUAUGCUGUUAUACUAUCGCUGAAUUUAAUUGGUGUUUGGAUACUACUUCCGGAAACUAAGGACAAAACCCUGCAACAGAUUGAAGAUGAGUUUCGGGGGAAGGCUUUACGCCUGGACGAAAUAGAGGCUAGACAAUCGUUGCAGUCAAAUCCUAUUGCACUAUACAAGAGAAGAGUGUCGGAACAGCCAUUUAACAGCACUCUGACUUUAUGA